UUUGAGACAAAGAAUGAUAAAGGAGGGGUAAUAAAGAUAGGUGAUGUCAGCUCAGAGGACAUGGUACGAAUCAGAUCUCUGGCGUUAAUAGAACUUUCAGCGUUAUUUGAUUCCUGUAAUAUAGUCUAUACUAAAUCCAAACGAAAAAUCAAGUCCAAAGAUCAUGGUUUAUUUGGAGUUCCCCUACACACUCUGGUAGAACAGGAUCAGAAGAAAGGCUAUCAGACUCAGGUUCCUCUUAUAUUUACUAAGUUGAUAAGUCACCUGGAAAAAAUAGGAUUAACUACAGAAGGUAUUUUACGAGUUCCAGGGGCUGUAAAUAGAGUCAAGCAACUUCGUCAAGAAUUGAACGAGAAGUUUUACUCUGGUCAUUUUAACUGGGAUGAGAUGUUACCCAAUGAUGUUGCCGCCAUCAUGAAACAGUUCCUGCGAGAGUUACCAGUUCCAUUGUUAACAUAUGAUUAUAUUGACGCCUUUUCCUCAAAUCUGAAAUCCACAUUAGAACAGUUAUAUGCCCUCAAUUUAUUGAUAUUGUUACUGCCAGAUUGUCACAGAGACACAUUAAAGUUACUAAUUAUGUUCCUAAGAAAUGUGGUUGCCCACAGUAACGAGAACAAAAUGGGACUGACCAAUGUUGCUAUGAUCAUGGCUCCAAAUCUGUUCCUGGUACCUUCCAGUCGUAAGAUUAAAACGGUCCAAGAGGUUGAACUAAACAGAGCUGCAGGAACCUCCAAGAUCAUCACAUUCUUGAUAAACUAUCAGGACCAUUUAUGGAAUAUUCCCUCUUCCUUCAUCACCCAGAUCAGACAUCAGUAUGAAGUUGAUCAGAGACGGAAAACCAGAGAUAAAAGGGAAACCGUGAAGGUCUUCAGAAGAACACACAUUAUAACCAUUUGUACCCUCUGUUUUCAGCCAGAACCCCAGGAUGGCGUGAUCAGGGUGCAGGCACCCCUUUUAACCAAGAGUUCAGCUUUGAUCCAGCUAGAUGACAAGAUGUCUGCCUCAGACGUGGUGGCUAGGUUUAAAAGAGCUACUGGUCAACCUGGCUCAACUUUCCGUAACCCUGACAACGCUCAGUUUGCAGAAGACAAUGCCUAUCUGUAUGAAGUGGGAGGAAAUAUAGGGGAACGCUGUAUAGAACCAAGAGCUCACAUGUUAUCUAUUUAUAGAACUAAUCCACAUGCACAAUGGAUUAUAAAGGUUAAGACUGAUAGGUAG